AUGAGUAACUAUACUGCUGUUCCUUCUUCGCAGCUCUCCUUUGCUGGUGACGGUCUGCCCAGUGGGACUGCUGUUGUGCAGGAGGCAGCGAGCGGUUUUUACCCGAAGUUCUCCGAAGGAGGCUGGACAAGGCGUGUGCAACAGCAAACCGUCUCUUCUGAUCAUAUAUUGGUCUACGCAUUCGCCUUUAGCGGCAGCGACUGGCUCUCCCUGCGAAGUGAGGAAUACCUCAGCGCUUGCAGCGACGCACUGAGCUUACCAGCCGGCCCAGAGGAGAAAGAGGUGUCCUUCAUCACUGGGACGUCCAGCCCUCAAUCCGACCAUGGCUCUAUUAUUGGGCCCCGUCAUCGUGGGUCUCUCUGCAGCGGCUCGCGCAUGCACACCACAUUCCUUCGAGUUGGUCUGGAAAACGGAGGAAGACUGCGGUCAUCCCCUGAGGGAUGUACUGGAGCAUCGGUGAAAACUGCGCCUGCUUCUGUGAGGUCUCUGUCCCUUCCAUUGCAUGCGCCUACUUCCUCAAAAGCAGGAUCUUCUCUCCAUGAUGGGGCAGUCUUGAGGUCUUUUAGAUGGGUCUGUAGGAGCCUUUCCAAUAAUGGAGAAGGGGAAGACCGCCAGAAGGCAUUGCACCGCUCAAUGAGAGCCCUUGCAGCUCACCCUUCCUCAGGUACUCGCAGAAGCGGUAGCCACGGCGGCUUCCUUCAGGAAGGUGGAGAUUCUCAAUUAUUAGUUCUUGAUGGACGCUUAUCCGGUACAGCACCGGUAGAGGCCGGUUGUUCCCAGCACGCUAUCGGGGAAAGUAGCGACUGCCGAAGUAACACGGAGGAUUAUUCCAAGUUUGAUACCUGCAGUGGCCAGUUGCCAGCAGUUGGAAAGUCAGACGCUCAGCAGGAAAGUGUAGUUGAAUCUGCCAGAGAGGAAAGGGUUGAUGACAAGCGGGCGAAGGAGCAUGCACUCCCAAUUGCAGAACCUGAACGAGCAGAAGCUUUAAUGACGCAGGAAGACAUGCACGGCACUGACGCCUUAGAAUUCCCCGAACAUAAUAUUCUAAGGUCAGCAUCGUACGCCUUUGCUGAUGACUGGCAAGAGAAGAGCCCCUCCAGUCGUGGGGUCUCCGUGGAGGGCUUUCAAGCAUUACCAGAAUAUCCUGUGGCUCCUCCUCCUGCACAGAGCAAAAACGUAGCUCCUGCUGGAGAGGGCCGUGCGGUUAAAUCGCAGCAAGGAAGGACAGACGUCGCUGGGGGAACUGUCAGCAGCAUUUCACAUCUAGCGGAGGAACUGCAGACAGGAGCUGUUGCGUCAGAUCCCGAGUGUGGCAAAGUGAGACGCAGGAACCGCCUCACAACAAGACGGACGCUACAGCGUUCAUUUGUCGAGAUGGCUGGCCGGUUUGGAACGUGCUCCUUUCCAGGGCGUCGUAAGUCAGGUGGAGCUGCGCAUAUGUCAUGCCGCUAUCGAGUAAAGGAACAGACGUAUCAAGCCCUAACUCUACACCCUUCUCACGUACACCAAGCCAACCAGCUGCUUUCGACCAGCUCCUUCUCAAAAGGCCAGGUUGGUCAGAAUAGUUCUCUAACCAGUGACCACCAAGUGGGUACAUCCUUACUGACCAACAACUCUUCUCCAGACACUGGACUGGCAGCCCAAAGCAUUCAGGCUGAGUCCGAUAUAGCUGGGUGGGAGGCUCGGGAGCUGAAGACUCAGACUUUGAAUGCCACUAAGAAGCAUAUCACUACAGGUGAUCCACAGAACCAUAGGGAAGGUCAGGGCUCUGUGCGGGGCACUGCUUGUGAGGCUGGUGUAACAACAUGUAGCAAUUUGAGUGUCCCUCUUGAGGCGGCGGAGGGGGCCGGAGGCUUACGAGAUGCGUAUGGCCUGGCUGCCAAGCCCCCUGGCUACUUACGGCGCCAGGGGGCGAAUCGCAAUGGGACACAAUGCUGCUCGGACGAUAUAAGAGACGCCCAACCACCACAGGCCUCGCCUACACGCACUGCCCAUGAGACCGGCGUAUCACCCUGCAUCAGUUUGAGUGAUCGACCGGACGCAGCAGAGGGGGACGGAAGCUUCCAAGAUGCAUCUGCCGUGGCUGAUGAAGUACCUGUAGAGUUGCAGCGUCAGGCGUCGACUGGCACUGCGGCAGAAACCUCCCAGGAUAAUACACACAAGGGUGAGGGAGGUCAGGGCUCAUCUCCCGAAACUGCUUAUGGGGCUGGCGUAACACCUUAUAGCAGUAUGAUUAUCGAGGGGUUGGACGAAAAGGCCGGGAACGGUUUCCAGGAUGCGUCCGACCUGGCUGGAGAAAAUGCUACAGAUGCGAGGGCUGAGAUGACGAAUGUCGGUUUGAGUGGCACUAGGGAGUCUCCGGAGGGAUGCGAAAGCUUCCGAGAUGCAUCUGACGUGGCAGGCGGGGAGCCUGGAGAGAUGAAGCGUCAGGCGUCCAGUGACAACAAGGUGAAGAGCUAUUCGGAUGAUACACACAAGGAGCAGACAGGCCAGGGCUCGUCUCCCCGCACUAGGGAUGACGCUGCCGCAACUCCGUGCAGUAGUGUGAGUCCGACAAAAGAGGAAGAAGGAACAUCGGACUUUUUCCAGGAUGCGUUGGAUGCGGCUGGCGGGCGGGCUGCAGAGGCGAAGCCUGAUGCACCCUGCAUCAGUUUGAGUGAUCCUCCGGACGCAGCGGA